AUGGGGAUGAUUGGAAAGGGUCAGAGGGCGGACGAGGACAAAGCGGCACACCGAAAGUUUCUCAAAUUUCAAUAAUUUAAUACAAUCCACUGGCUUUUAACACCACAUUUCGUUAAUAACCUUCUAUAAUAACUAGUUGGCUCAGAAAGGCACUUUCCGAAAGUAUUGCGAAUACUUCUAUAGGGAGUCUACCUGCACUUGUAACUCGGAAAGCAACAAAAGAAUUUGUGAUUUGCCAGAUGUCACUCCAUGGUUAAUUAUAAUGUUUCCCUCACGCGGCGCAGAAGGGCGCAAAGAAAGUGCAAAAUAUUAUGAGAAAUAUGUAAAUCCCGACUUAAAGAGUCUAUAAAAUUGUCGUGGAAGUGCUUCCACAAGAUCAUUAAUCUCGAUUGUGUGCAAAUGUUUUUGGCUGGAGAGAAAAGCCCUACGGCCGAUCAAUCGAAUUAAAGUCAUAAUUCAAAUUAACGCGAUAAUCGUAGGGUUUGUUGUCACCGCUACUAAAACAAACUUCAUAUUCUUUUUUUCUUUAUGAAAAUAUUCUAAAAAAAUUUAUAAAUGUGAAAAAUAUAAUUUAAAAAAUAAAAUUAUUAAAACGACAGACUGUAUUUAAACUGGAGGUAAUUAAAUCUAAGGAAUAAGGUGCUUGGUCAUGGUCGCGGAGACUAGUCAAUCGUGAAAUUGCCGAUCUGCUGUUGGCAUUGUACACAAAAAUAUAAUAAAAUUCAAAAUUGUCGAUUUUAGCGUACUGGAAUGUUUGUCAGACGUGUGCAAGAAGUUACCUCAACGACUGAGUACUGAGCAACAAAGAUAUGUGUAUCAAGUUUACAUUCUCUGUCAACUUCUCAUUCAACUAGGCUUGCAUCAUGAUCAGGUUUCGACGUACUACAAAAAGAUUCUGAAGAUUCAAAGGACGAGAGCGUUCAGCAUAUGUUCUGAUGUAGGUUGUACUACGUUUUGCUAGUUUAAUUGUGUACUUUAACAUUUUUAUUAAAGUCACUAUUGUUUGUCAUAGCUAAACUUUAAAAUGUUAAUCAAAUUUAUUAAAAUACACUUUUGCAGCUUCUGAAUGCCUAUCAGAACUACGAUUUUACCAAAAACGAAAUUGAUGUUCUCUUUGAUCUGGUACUGGUUCCAUAUCUGGCUCACGAUUACAAAGAUGACAGCAAGAACUCUUCGCUAUCUAUGAUAAGAUUGUUCAAUGGAAUAUGCAAUAUACCACGGUACCACUGUUUACUUAAUCGACCAUUCAAAUCAAUCGACAACAAGACUGCUUUCUCUGUCAUGGUCGAUUACUUGUUCAGUAGUGAAGCGACUAAAAAUAGUCAAACUGAUCUUGUCGACGCUUUUCUGAAGUUGUUCCAAGAAGACACCGAAGGUUACAAGCAACUGGUCGGAGUAAGUCAAGAGAAAUUGAGAAGCGAGAGUGGAGAUCUGACCAUUGGAGCUAAGAUUGUUGUGACUCAUGCUGAAACAAUACUCAAGUAUCUGAGGGAAGUGUUGCCAAAUGAAAUAAGAUCAUCUAGUAGAGCUACUAUGCUUAACUUGGCAUUGCUGGAAAGGUAGGCAGUAAAUCAUACUGUGUUCAAUAGUAUAUUUUACUUAAUUAAUAUUGUCAUCAACUUUAUCUUUGCAGAAUAAGUGAAUUUGUGGAUGAUGACUCUAUGGGCAGCGAGUUAUCUUUGACCUUGUUGAAGUUUAUCGAAAUCGGUUGUCUGAAGAACGAACAGAGCUUGUCGUCCGUUCUGACUUCUGUAGCCAAGUUUGUGAAGACCGAGUGUAAUCCAGAAGAGAUCUUCAAACGAGUUUCUUCUUUUUUGUGCACUUUAAAAGGCAGAAAGCCAAGAGCAGCGUUGGUAGAUCUACUACAGUCGUUGAAGAACAAUGUCAACACUUCGAAGCCACUACAACACCACUUGAAGCGUUUGGUACAGUUGGAAAGCUGGGAUCAAAAACGAAUUAAUGAACCCGAUUAUGAACAACGACAUCAAUGUCUAGUUGAGCUGAACAACAAGUUGGAGGAGACGAACAAGAAGUUGUUAGCGAUGGCACUUGUUGCUUACACUCAAGAGCUCACCUUCAACUUACUGUACGUGGAUGAAAUCUCAUUGAGAGCUGCUGUGUCUAAUACCAUCAGAUUGAUCAUCGAAUACACGACGAAGACGUCACACCUGAAAAAGGACGACAAAACGUCUAUUUUGUACGAUAAUGUGAUUGUAGUCAUUCAGAAGAUCCUGAGGAGUAAUCAUGAAAGUGUUAGACAUGAAGGAGUGGCACUCUUAGCAUACUGUGUGGAUACUUUUGGGGAUGAAAAUGAAGACGACAGAGUACUUCUAAAGUAUCUGAAACCACUGAGGAAUUUGGAGGAAAAAGAUCAAUGUUUCUUCGAGAAUGUCGCUCAUUUACAACUUCAUCGACGACAACGUGCUUUCAGUAGACUGGCAGUACAAUUGGAAAACAAAGAAGUACGUAGCGCUACUAUUGUAUCUGAUAUGUUUUUAAAAUUAUGGGUUUAUAAUAUUGUUUUUUUAGAUUGAAAUACCCUUGGAUAUCCUAGAAAGAUUCAUCGUUCCACUACUCAGACCUUAUUUGCUGGAAAUUGAGACGAAACUAUCGAGUUUGUCCGAUGAAGCGAUUCAUUUGUAUUCACAAGUUGUCAAGCUACAACCAUGGACAAGAUAUCAACAAACACUGAGCAAGUACAUAGGGUUAAUCAACAAAAAGGACGAAGGGAACGCAAAGCCGGCUAUCAGGUACAGUAAUACUAACGUAACAUUAAGAAUUAUCACAAGUACAUUCUUAAGAUUUAGCAAUCAAUAGUUAAAGAGGAGAAAAUCUUUUCUAAUACGGCAUGAAUCUUUCAGAGUAUUGUCAGCAAUCUUGAGCCAAUUCCAUUUUGAUGUCAAGGACAUUGAACUGCCUCGAUCCGAGUAUCAAAUCAAGAGAAACAAGACGAAACGCAACAAACUAGGAGCUGCUUACAAAGAAGCCAUUAAAAGUGUAGAGGAAGUCAAUGUUACAGUAGACGAGGUUUUGGAACAACCAGUCAACUUGUUAGAUAUUGAACAGAAAAAGGAAGAAUUGUCAGAGAACCAGAAGAUUCUGGCUACAGUAUUGAGAGUGUUGAUUCCAAAGUUACGAGAAUGCAUUCAGCCACCGGUAAGGUUGUUUGUUGACAUUAUGUAAAUUUACGUUAUGCAUGAUACAUAAAAUUUUUUAAACUCCUAUCAUAAUAUAAGAAAAACUUAUUUUAAGACGGAAUUCCAUGCUCACAAGAAGGCUCAGAAUGCUGACAAUUACCACACUGAUCAAGAAGAAACUCUCAGAGCCCCGUUAGCUGUUACUACGGUAGGAUUGCUACAGAAACUUCCAAAAUGGGCGAUGGAUCUACAUCUGGAUGGAGUCAUCUUGACUAUGUACAAAUUGUUGUUGUCUCGAAGUUUUGUUGUGAGAAAAGCGGCCAGAAAGACCAUGGAGCACAUUGUACGAUUACUAGGACCGUCGUAUCUCAAGAAGAUUGUUGUAGAAUUGAGGAAGAAGUUUACUCGCGGUUUUCAAGUAAGUAAAACAGGAAGUUAUGUUAAGGUUGGGCAAAUAACUUUUAUAAAUUUACUAUAUAAGUAAGUUUUUUAGGUACAUGUUAUGACAUUUACUGUGCAUGCUUUACUAUCAUGUCUACAAGAGGUUGUAAAGCCUGGCGAUUUCAAUGCAUGUCUAAAUGAUGUGUUUGAAGUGGUUAAGGAACAAUGUUUUGGAGAAGAGAUCAAAGACGAAAGACAGCUACAGACAGUCAACGCUAACACUCCAGAAGCCAAGUCGAACAGAGCUUUUGAAACCUUUCUCAUUCUGGGAAGAUUUAUAACUGUAGAUGCACUAGAUGGACUUAUUGAACCUAUGAAACAGGUCAGAGUUUUAAAUAAGCUUACUUAAAAUCAUGUUAAAGUUUGAAUUUUUUUGUGCCACUUGUAUAAGUGAUUAUAAUUUUAAAAUUAGAGGUAUUUCAGAUCAUCGAGGAUUCUCCGAACGCACAGACUCAAAAGAAACUCGCCGAGAUGUUGAGAAACCUGAGUUCAGGACUAAAACGGAACACUGGAGUGGAAACAGAUGAAGUUAUCAGCUUUACCUCUAACUUUUUGAAGUCACACUUGACCGAGAUGUGCAAGCAAAGUGAUGCGUUAAGGGCAGUCGAACUCAAUGCCGAAAAGGAGCGUACUAAUGGAUAUAGACCUCAGAAUUGUCUGUUGUUGACUCCAGAACCAAAGCGAUUGGGGGUUAUCGUGAAGACCUCGACCAAGAGCAAGAUGUCAGUGUUUGUGGAAUUUGCUCUUCAACUGUUCAGCGACAUGUUGUCUGAGAAGAAAGACGUCUUUGAAGAUCCACAAGAACAACAGAAGAUCAACGAGUUUGUGCCUCUAAUAGCAGAUGCCUUGAGGCUGAAGUACGAGAAGAUUACAAGUGUUGCCUUGAGGUCGCUACACUCAUUGUUCAGAUACGAUCUUCCAGCCAUAAACGAGAAGAUGCCGCAGCUGGUUGAUAGACUCUUUGUACUACUUGCUGAAUACGCCAAUUCUAUGGGCACUUCUCAGCUUAACGUAGCCGAACUAAACUUGAUAUUGUUCAAGGUAAGGAAUAAGUUCAACUCUAUAUUAUACUGUAACUUCUUUUGUUUUGGCCUUCCGUUGUCAUUGCAGUUUAUUUGGAAGCAGUUUCACUUAAAUUUGUUUUCAGUGUUUUGUUACCAUAAUCCGCAAAGCCCCGAAAGAGCUCCUAACAUCCAAACGAAUAAAGAUUCUGCUAAAUCACGUUGAAGUUGACAUUCUCGACUCUCACAGACAAACCACAGCAUUUGUGCUGGCCAAAGCGAUUAUGACAAAACAGUUGAUGGAUGACAAGAUAGACGAACUCGUCAAGUACUUUGCCGACUUGUCGAUUACAUCUCCCAUCGAAGGGAUUAGAGAACAGUGCAGAGUAGUCGUCAAUCAUUACCUCAAGGUACAUCCGAACGGACCGAAAUCAGCAGAGGAAUGGCUGAAGUUUUACUUGGAACAGAUUGAUUACGAACUUGUACAUGGUCGGCUUAGCGCUUUAGAAAUGGUACACUCCAUCUUUGAAUUAUUUACUGAGGUAUGUUGAUUUAUAGUGACUACUAACAAUUGUAAAACUUUUCUAUAAACCUUGAUUUUUAUUUGUUAAAUUUAUGUUUCAGGAAGUGACAGACAAAUUCGGAUUUUCCACAUUUGUCAAACUGGCGUCUCGCUUCGCAGUAGAAGAGAACGAGGACUGCAACAAGUACUUGAAGGCUGCCGUUAGGGAAAUCGUGGGAUCGGUGUCAGAAAAAACCAGAAAUGACAUUUACUCAGCUUUAAAGGACUGGUUGGCUCAGCCCAAAGACGCGGUUCAGCAUAUCGGAUCAGUCGGACUAAUCGAGUUUGUCAAGACUCCAGAAAUCAAAUUGCAUCAGAAACAGAUUCUGGAGCUUGUUCAGAUAUUGGCUAAGAAGUUUGGCCAAGCAGAACCAGGAAAGAAUUCAGAAGAAAGUGAAGAUGAAGAAGGGGAAAUGGAAGUGGAUAAGGAUGACGAUGAAGAAGGUGAAAAUGUAGAAACCAGCCUGAUUCUUAUGACAGACCUGAUCCGGUUAUACCUGGACCUUGUCAAAAAAUGUCUGACAAACAAGCUGAGCAUGCAGAAAUCGAUAAUAAAUGGCAUCGUCCAGAACUUGCAGUGCAACGACACUUCUGUACAAAUCGCAGCUUCUGUGCUCCUGGAGCACUUAAUGGCAGCUACGAAGUCGUUGUGGCCAAUGUUUAAGAAGCACACUGAUCUGUCAGGGUUGGCCAAUUCUUUGAUAUACCAGCUCAGAAGCAAAGCCUUGUCUGAUGGUGUCGCUGAACAAGCCAUUAAAAAUCUGGCUACAUUGGCAUCUAGCCUAACCACGGAACAGUACGAAGAAUUGUGUCGCAAACUGGCUGGAGUGGUGCGAUUGGAAUUGAAGAAGGAAGAAACUAUAAUAAAGGUGAGUAUCUCUUCUACUUUACCUACAAAAUUUAUUUCACUAUUUUUUAAAAUGUCCAUUUUCAGCGUGUGAGUUUGUUCAAAUUUGUCGCAGCCCAACUGGCCGUCGUCAGCCCCGACACCCCCAACUUCCUGGUAAUCCAACAACAACUACUAGGCUUCGUAUUCCGAGAAAUUUUGGGAAAAUCGAAGUCAGACGAAGUUCUACAGACCUUGUCCAACGAAUUGGCGGUCUUUUUGAGAGACAAACUAGGCGCCACCUUGUACAGCAAGCUUCUAGGAGAAUAUCAAGUAGAAUUUGGAAAGAAACAGAGUCAGAGGAGACAGGAACGCAAAGAAGUCGUGAUCAAAGACCCUGAAUUGGCUAUAAAACGGAAACAAAAGGUCAACAAAAAGAAGUCCGUAGCCAAAAAACGAAAGUUGGACGAGCUACGACCCCAUCGUGUAGUCAAGAGGAAACGACGGGAGGAGAUUCAGAAGACCAACCACUACUGA